GUGGAAUGUAGUUGCCAUUAGUGGGAGUUGAGCUGAGGUUGAGGCUAACAGCUAGCCUGCAAUGUUGAGUGUGAGCCGGAGACGCAGAGGAGAGUGAUGAAAACAUGCCUCACUUCACUGUGGUACCUGUGAAGGAUCAAGCCCAGUCCAGCUAUGACAGUCUAGAGGGGAUUAACUGGGUGGAUUACAGAGACACUGGACAAGAUUACCCAGAUCAUCAAGACACUGUCAGCUCUGAUGGUAAGUCUGACAACUUUUUCUCAACUCUCUAUCUCUCAGACUGGAAAAAAAAACUGGACUAAUAUGAAAGUUGUUCAUUCUUCAUCACAGUGUGACCUAAAGUGAUAGUUCAUGAUUAAAAAAAGCCAACACGGCAUAGAUGAACUUUACAUUGUCCUGUGAGGCUAUGAACAGCUGAUUGUAUGGUUACCAUGGCAAUUCUCCAGCACCAGAAAGCACUUUUCCUAUAGCGGGCCAGUCUGCUUUUUGACAGCUCACUUUAGGCAAAGUUAUUGCAACAUUUCUCUUGGCAUUUUGUUGUAAUUUUUUCCAUUACUCUUGGUGUCCUUAUAAAAAACUUAGACACAUUGCUAACAAAGAGAAAACAAUGACGGGGGGUGAGAACCGCGGGGAAAAGUACCAUUGAGGGUGGGAUUGUGUGCGGGGGGCUGGUACCACCGCACACAAGAAAAGGCCUCAAGUGCUUCCUCGCACAAAAGAUGAAGCUCUCUUUGUGCCAGGGAGGGAUUUCCUUUCACAGAGAUUGGCUGCUCAACAACACAGGAGCAGAUUUCUCGCUUCUCUGUCUCAGCUUGUCUCUCACUGUCACUCACUUGUUUCUCCACUGUAUCAGCACAGAAAAGGGGGAUGAAGUCCCUGAUGGAAGAAAAAGGACAAGAAGAGGAGCUUGUGGGAUUAUGUGAGAACAGGGCUGUUUUGUGUUGGCUCAGGGACUGAACCAGAUGGGGUAACAGAGUUGUUUAAUAAAAGACACACAUGGGUGUGGCCUCCAAAUGAAGCACCCACGCUAUACCAAAGGGCCCAGCAGGCCAGGCAGGGCACAGAAAUCCCGCACUGACUGGUCAUGCAUUUAUAUAACAUUACAGCUUGGCACUGAAUGUCCUCUUCAUUAAACUGAAUCAAAGCAUGAAGUUUCGUCCUGUAUAAGUAUUUACAUCUUUGUUUGUUAGCUCUCAGUGCAUGUAGAAAGAUAUGCGUGUGCUUUUAUGUGUUCGUGCAGUGAUAUGAAUGUAUAUGUACCAGUUUGAGAGGAAUUAGUUCCAUGCAUCCAUGCAUGAAAUGAUCUUUGCGUCAGUGAGCCACGAGUGAACUGAUAUUUGAAGCAUAACAAGAAGGAAUCUGACCACAUGUUGACCUAGCUGUCUGCUUGUGUAUUCCUGGAAUGCGUGGAGGUCACCCUGUGGAGCCAAAUACUAUUCUCAAAUACCAGACACAUCAUGCUAGUUAAUACACUUGGAAAAAUGCAUAGGACAGCACUCAAAGAGUAAAAGUAGUAGCUCAGAUGCUUUGGGCAGAAGCCUGUACUCUGCCAAACAUAUGCAGUGGAAAAAGAAAAGCAGAUGUCCUGAAAUAACCCUCAAAAUUUUAUGGAUGAGUCCCGGAUAAGCUUGUUGCUGUCUCUCCCUUGUCUUCCUGCUGUCAUAAUUCAUUGUGACUCAACCAGGAAGGGGUUUCUGAAGACAGAGAACAACAACCAUUAAAAGGGAAAGAUAAACACAUGAACUGCCAUAUGUUAGAGAGGGUGAAACGAAAAACAAGAAGAGGAAACAUGGCCAUGGUGAGAUGAAGUGAAGGGCUUAUUUCGGUGGAGGAUAGAUAUCAAUCAUAUUUACUUCCUCAUUGACGUAUAAGAGUAACGAAGCAUAUGGAGUUAGUUUUAUGCAUUUCAUUACCCCCUUUUCUUCAUCUUUAGUUUCCAUGCAGUAUAACUGUAUGAGUUAUGUACACAAGCAGAGAAAUGUUGGGUGGGUGAGCAGUCUGUGGUAUAAGCAGGCUAAAAGUGGGUGUAGGUUCAGCAUGAUUUCAUCAUGGGAGUGGUGGGCCGAGUAUGGCUGGCCUAUGCCUUAUGUCUCAGCUCCAGUGUGACGUUUACAGCAUGGAGGAAGUGACACAGUGCAGAGUCUGUUCCAGCCUGUGAACUUGGCUCUGUCCAAUACAGCACAGCAUCCACACUGUGCUCAUUGUGACAGCACUGCACUCCUGAGCAGGAGCAACCAGGCUGAAAUAGCCCUCACAUAACAGGAGGGAAAGUUUGUUGAAGUCUGUUCCUCAUAGGUUCUUGUUUGACAUGCGGAAAACAUGACCAUUGUCAUGAAAUAAGAGAAUAAGAACAUUUGCUUUGAGUGGCUUGUCUUUAUUUUAUUAUAUCAUCAAUGGCUAGUCAAAGUACUUUUUCCUUAGUUGUUCAAGUCAGAAGCCAGUGAAGUGUUUAUACUUUGAAAAUCUGAGUAAGAUUACUAUUUUCACCACAUGAGGGCAGUGAACAUACAAAGUAUAAGAUACUGUAUUUCUCCUCACUGUUAUGCUUUCAUGACCUGAUACUCUUUAGUUCACUUUUAAAACACUCAACUUUGUAUUUUCCAGUCACAGAAAGCAAGAGUUGCUGCCUAAAACCUCUAUUAAACAACCACACAAAAAACCAUCGUACUUGCAAUAGGGCAAGCUGAAUUUGCUGAUAAGCACCGAUGUAUGCAUGGAACCAGAUUUGCUGGAUACUUUCCCUCAAGUUGGUAGAGAUCAAAUAUUAGACUAAUCUCCCCAAGUAGCUGAAGAGUCAGGUCCAAAUGAAUCCUUUUGCCAUCCUCUAUCUACUGGAUGUUAAGUAUUUCUUAGCACAGGUUCUUAGUACAAACUUUCUGUCAAGACAUUACAAGAAAGAAAAAAAUCUCUUACAGGUGUGUCUGUUGAACUGUACAACAGCCAUGUAGUGAAAAAUGACUUGUUUGCAUUGGCCUUAGUCAAACAAAUCCUGAGAAACAUGAGUAAGGAGUGGUGAACUUGGAGAACGCUGCAGUUUUUUCUAAUUCAGGAGAGCGAGAGAUCACUCCUGUCAUGCUGUCUGGCAUGCCACACAGAUGGCCCUGCAAAUGUGGAGCUGAUGACAGAGUAAGAACAAAAUCAGACACAGACAUACACUGAUGUAGACAUAACCCACAAUGACUCAGUUUUAAAUCUGUGUUAUACUGUUUUCAGAUCAUCGUGACUGAUAAAGAUCUACUUUUAAUUAGACAAUUUGCCACACAUCAUUCCCUGUGACGCAGCUCUAUUUCCAUCCAAUCAUCUGCCAUCUUUGUUCCAUCUGCUCAUUCAAAUCAAAGUGACAACAUAGCAGACACUGCAGCUUAUAUGCUAUUAUCCUCUUUCCCUGUGAACUUCUUGAUUAAAUGCCCUCAGUGUGUCCAAUCUGGGAGAGAUCGGUGAAAAAAGGCAGUCCUGAAGAUGAAGACAUUAAUAGUCUUGUUUUCAUAGAUGGAUUUAACAGGGCGUCUUUAGGUUUGCAGGAUGAAUUUAAAACAUGUGAUACUAUGGAGCAGAAUUAUCAGCCCUGUGCCAGCUUUGAGAUUUAAAUUCAUGAUAACAAAUUCCUCAUUAUCACAGUUUUGCAUUUUUCUUUAAAAUGCAUGCAUAGACUUGUUAUCAAUUCUGAUCAUAGCAUUAAGAUAAGAGGAGCAACUGCAAGAGAAGCGGCACAACUAUAUUGCAUUAAUUCAUUAUAAAAGCAUUCCUUUAAACAGCCUCAUAUUUUGUCCCUAUGAAGUUUUACUUUUAGCCAUAACAGCAGGAAUGUAAGGAGACAGGAGCAGUUCUUUCAGGACUACAUUUUCAUACCAUAACCAAGGUCAAAAGUACACCAACAGACUUCAUACUUUUUACUCUUUGAUAAGUGCAGUUUUUGACUCUUCUUAAUCUCUGUGUCCAUGUUAUGAACACACAGCACAUGAUGUGUACAUUGACAAAGCAGUCUGUAUCCGUUUCAAAGUAUUGUCUAGGAUAUGGGCUGUAACAGUUACACAAAGUAAACAUGAGAGGCUUUGUUGCCAGUGUAGAGCAUGAACUUCAUGAAGUGCAUGAAACAGUUUUGUAAGCACACUUCAGAAAGACCCUAUUUGUUACCACAUUUUGUAUUAUGUUGGUCAUGAGUGUUAUAUGAAAUCAACAUUUAGUUAAUAAGUAUUUUCUGAGAGGUCUGUUGUAUAAUGCUCCUUUUCUUUCCCAACUUGACCCCUGAGGCAAUAAGGCUAAGCUGUCAUCCUUUUCUCAUCAUUAACACACAUCACAGCUAAUAUGUUUUGCUGCACGACUCAGCAGGUUAGCAUUCCUCCAUUCUGUUGAGAUUAAAGACACACAUAAAAGGCGGUGUGGCCUUUGUUACAGCUGAUUUCAGCGGCAUAAGGAGGCAACAAGCACAAGGAAAACAAAGCACAAUUUCAUGAAAUACGUGAGGUUUCUAGAAAAGGGAAUAGCUGAAACUUUUCUGAUUUGCUGUGCCUGGUUUUCAUCAUCAGUAUGAUAAUGCAGUGCAAUAUGACAGUGCUAUCAUGCAUCUGCAGGCCUGUUUUUUUUUUUUUUCAAAUUAUUUGUUAUUUUACUCAGUGGAUAGGAUAGUGGAAGACAAGGUGGGGAAUACAGGUAGAUUGGACUCAAACCUGAUCAUCUGCUUAUAGGAAUAUAACCUCUAUACAUAUCAACCCAACUCUCUGUACAUGGGAUAUACUAUUUCACCACAAAGCCAAACUGGUGCCCCAGGCAUAGUAGUGUACCCAGGCUGUUCGCAAGGCUAGGUAAAAAAAAAUAAAAAAAAAUGCUAUUUUUCCAUUUCAUUUCUAAACUCCGUAGUCACAAAAUCAACAGCCUUGACAGAUUAAAUUCAUUUAACGUCAAAAUAAAUGAAAAAUUCUGUGGAAUAAACUUGGCCUUUAAACCUUGCAUGUCAAUUGAUACUGUAAAGUUAAUUCCCUAUUAUGUUUUAUCAUAGGAGUGGCAUCCAGAGGGCACUUUUUCAAUGUUUCAAGUGCAUCUACAUCUUCUGUAAGUUUAAUGUACUAAUGGGGCACCCAAGGGCACUUCAUUACAGUUUAUAUACUGGCAGGGCACCCACAAGGCACUUUUUCAUGUGUCAGCCUUUUGAAGAGCUGCUACUAAAGCAAUUUUGAUGUAUUUUCUAUAGUAAGGGCACUAAGGGGGGCAUUGCACGGUGUUUUGUUAUGUCAGAAGCAUACAAGACGGCAUUUUCGCAGCUAUUUUUCCAGAAAUUGAGGGCACUUGAGGGGUGUGACCCACACACCAUUGCCAAGGCUUUGUUAAUUUGAGGGUUUUAAAAUGGAAAUACAGUUUUUAUGUCUCUUUUGUGAGUCAGCAAACCAGAUUGGAUUACACUUUGCAGGGCUGAAAAACAUGCAUUAGAUUGAGGUAUAUGGUAAAUACAAAAAAAAACAACAACUGGGUUUUCUUUUUGUAAGACCACAGAAUGACAAAUGGGAUUUUUUUCUGAUGAUUCUGGUAUUGGUAUACGGCUACUGCUACCUCUAAUGAGUUACAGUGAUGUUUAGUAGUUUAGGAUCCUAUUUUGUCCCAUGCAGAAAGUUAGAAAAAACAAGCUAGUUCAGCACAGUCACUCCUCAGAGGUCAGAGUGACUCAGAGAUUAGAGUGGAGCAUUUACAGACCUUCAAACAUAAAAUGACCUGAAUAUGGUGAACAAUAGAGGAAAAGUCCUUUCUUUAACCAUUCCAGCCACUCCUAGGUAACAACCUAGUUGCAUUGUUACAUCUAGCUAUGCUUUCAAAACACACAGAAGCAAAAGAAACAUGUCUAUUGACUCUUGAACUAUCUCUCACCCUAACUCACAUACACACACAUAAAAACAAGCACAUGCACACACUAACUCAUGAUGCUCAAUUAGUUGAACAUUCCUGCCAACUCUCUGUACAAGGGGAAAUUACUUGAGCAAGGUGGGCUAAGCUGCAUGACUUCUCUGCCUUCAGAUAUUAAGUCUUGAAUGUUAUUAAAGAGCAAGUUUAGCAAAGAGGCUUUCACAAACCACAAGAAGCUAAUGGAUAUAGAUAUUGUUUUUCCUGUUUAAUAGGCUUGACAAAGCAGAAGUACAUUUCCAGGAAGUUUCUUCCUAUUUUGAACAUGAAUGGUUUUUGAAAUUUGUGUAAAACACUUGAAAUAACCUAAAUACUGUAUGUUGCUGGGUAAGCUGGAAAGUCCUCUAAAAGUUAACUGAGAAAAGAGUGAAAAGUGUUGCUAAAGUCACUACAGAAAGGUUGUCAGUUUGACCCUCAGUGACACAUGAAACAAAUUGAUUUUCAGAUUUGCACCAAGAAGUUUUCUGUUAAUGUAUCCCUGUGCUCUUUGCACUUUGAAAAGUCUUUACAGCGUAGAAUCCCGUCCGGGGAUUGAUCUACUUUUGAAUACACAACACAGACAUUCAGACACUCCUGACGCACAGUCUAGGGCAGCAUUUGAGAGUCAAUCGCCAAAAGCAGGGUUGUUAAUCUAUUGACUGCACGACAGACACUUACUGACUCCUUGUUUCCACAUAGUUUGAAGGUGGAUAUUGGAAGUCAUGUAUGCUUAAGGUCUCCCUUCGAUGCAUCCUUCUGUAAACGUGUCAGCUCCACAGCACAGACACUCUUUGAUCUCCUGGCUGUGGGUGUGAGCUGUGUUCGGUGGGGGCCAGUGCGACAUGUCGGUACACGUUGCUGUAAAGCCUCACUGCUGUUCAGCCAACACAGUGGGGCUGCUGUGUGCCUUCAUAACAGACCAGUUAAUCUUUAAUCUUUUUAAUUAGACAUUUAAUGUCAGGUUAUUAACAAGAGACCCCCACUGUCUCCUCAGCUCUAAAAUUAAAGUGACUUUCAGUUUGUUAGCCCAGAGCUAAGCUAGAGACUUUAUGAACUUUGGUUUAAGCAUUAGGAUGGAUCAUGUCGAACACAUUAUGGAGCAAUGUCUAUUUGCAUUGUGCGAAAAUAAUGCUAAAUGUUCCUUCAGGCUAACCAGCAUCUUCAAACACAGGGAUUGUGCAUUAACCAAUUGCUACAUCAAGUGGACACUAGAGGACAGUGUUGGUAUCAUUUAUGCUCUUAUCUCUUCCUCGCAUAUCACUUUAGUCCAAAUGAGUGGUUUCUGAGGCAAAGAAGACAGACCAUUAAACCUCUAUGGGUUGUUUUUUCAUCCUCCAGAUAUUUUCUAUCUGUACUUUUGUUAAAAAAAAAAACAACAACUAGCAGGCCUCUAAACAUCAUAAUAAAGUGAGGUAGUUGUCAUACAGGUCAUCUUGCAAAAAUUAUCCACUUUAAACUUUUUAAUAUGUUGUGACAACUCCAAAACAAAAUGGAUAUAACUGGGGUUGUAUGACAGGAACCAACGCACAUGUAUAUAAAUAUAAACUUUAUUUCAGACCCAAUAAGUCCAUAUCAUACAAAAAAAUACAAAAAAAAAAAAACAAAACAAAACCCAAGAGAUAAAAUCACAUCCAUUAAGAAAUUCCUGAAAAUUAAAACACAAAGAGACAUUUGUUCCAAUGAUUCCAGAAGCAAGAGGAAUAUUUUGUGUCACAGAGUGUGUAAAUUUGAAGUAAAUGAGAAUAGAAUUAGUCUAACAAAUAAUUUAUUCCAAAUCAUGUCCAGAUAAUAACAUAAUAGCCUUUAAUGCUAUGGUGAAAAACCCUUAAAUCAAAUUCAAACAGUCCCUCUCCCAAUGAGCUCAUGCAUGCAAGAAAUGUCUGUUUUUACACUGCUCUUGUUUGUUAUUGACUCAGUCAAAAGUCUGCUGAUUCCACCAUGGUGUAACAUUGUUAUAUGUAAAAUUUAAUGCAAGGCCCUUUACUUAGAGCUUACCUGAAAAGGAUCACGAUCUCCAAGAGAACUGGUGCUUAAAUCUAGAUUUAUUAAACCUCAACAUCAGACUCUUACAUACCCAUCCAUUCCAUCUGGUUAUCUUAUAUCCCAUGAGCAGACAUGUGCUGUGUAUGUAUGUUUAUGUUUGUGAGUGAAUUAGUGAGUAAGUGAGUGAGUGAGUGAGUGAGUGAGUGAGUGAGUGAGUGAGUUACCACUGAACCCCCCACCCCCAACCCCCCAACCAUGCACCAUGUGUUAGAUCAGGCUCCUGAAUGAGUUUUCACCCUGGGUGACCGGGUGUCCCGGAUAGUAAUCGACAAUUCCCUAAGCUACAUCACAGAGCACACUGCUGCAGACUGCAGCACACGCAGCUCACAACUAUGCUCACCCAUAAUGAAUCUAGCAGCAGUGGGACACACAGCACAGGUGAGUGAAGACCAGCAUGGACACUCAACAGGUUCACUCACAACAGAGCUGAGACAAAUUGGACAUGGUUGAGAUGAUUUUUUUUCUAUUUAAAGCCCUCUCACUUUGUAGCUUAGUAGUCUUUGUGCUGUAGGAUCACUUUGUGUUUUCAGAUACUGCUGUUGGAGUUUACAUGCUCUAAUAACCCAAGGUUGGGUAAUUUCUGGGUAAUGAGGUGUGCGCAUGCCUGUGAUGAAUAUUUGUGUGAUAAGUUUGCAGAGCUAUUUUGCGUGCAAUAAUUGCUCGGGGCACUGAGCUCAUCUCUGUGCGGUUCUUUCUUCAAAAGCAGAAGUUAAUGAGAGUAAAAUCUAAUUAUGUGCCUGUUUAUCACCUGGACUUUGCUUUGUGUGGCUGUGUGGCUUUCUCUGCAGCUUUACUGUAUGAAAUUUGUCACUAAAAUGUUGUACUUCAGUGAGAUGCGUGAACAACAAAGUGACAGUUACAGGCUGACUGGUGAUUGACAGUAGAGAUAAACUAGGACUGCCAUUCAGGCUGUUAACUUUGGUUUAAUAUUGUGUUUAUCAUCUUAUAUUCACCAGUUCAGGAUAUGAAGAUUAUGAUAUUUUAAGACUGACAAAAUGAAAUAUUUCCUCAAACUGUAAAGGCAGAAAGAAAACAACAAAAAUUUGACUGAAAAAUAAUGACAACAUUUAUGUGAAACAUAAUGACUUGACUAAAAACUUUCACUUUUUGAAGACAAUUUUUUUGUAGAUCUAUACAUGUUAGCAUUAUUGUAAGUACAGGUGAAUAUGAAUAAAUAUGAAAAACUGUAAAAAUUAAACCUUUUUUCAACAUAAAACUGAGAUUUAGAUAAUGGGUUCAAUUAAUAGGUUUUGUAGUGGUUAGAGAAACACUAGAAACUUACACCAUGGUUUAUGUUAAAUAACUAUCCAUUUAGACAUAGUGGUGCCAAUAUGACAGAGGGUUCUGCAAAACUUCCACAAAAAAAUUGUGUUUCUAAGUCAAAUCAGUAUAAAUCAUUAACUUUUUUGGCAUUAUGCAUUACAAGGAAGUUUCUAAUGCAUUUUUGAAGAGUGUUUGCCUACUUUGUCAAGCCCCUCGCUGCAAGUCUAAUAGUAUCAGUUAAAAUGGUUCAUUUUUACAGUGUUAACCUUCCUUUACCCCUUUAACAGGACAUGGGAAUCAUAAAGAGGACAGUCCAUUUCUCAACAGUGCUGAUGCUGCCAGCAAGAAGAAUGACUUCUAUGACAGGAACCUGGCUCUGUUUGAGGUCUGUUUUUUUUAACUUUCACAUAUUUUGUUGAAGACAGACUCAAACUGAAGUCAUAACCUCUCACCCCCCUCUCGUCAUCCAGGAAGAGCUGGACAUCCGGCCUAAGGUUUCCUCCCUGCUCAGCCGCCUGGUCAGCUACACCAACAUCACACAAGGAGCCAAGGAGCAUGAGGAGGAGGAGAGUGCACAGGCCUCACGCAGAAAGACCCCCAAGGUCAGGAGUGAAGGAACACUAUGCCUCAGUGUACCGCCAGUACACAAAGUCUUCAGAGGUUUAGAAACAUUAUCCCCCACCUCUGGCUGAAUUUCUGGUUUAGUAUUAAGACUUGCUGAUUGAUUGCCCCUGCCUCUGGCUGCUUUGCAGUCACAGUGUGGCUGUGUAAGACCUGCAUACAUGCAAAGAGCUGAUAACAUGAUUGGAUGACCUUUAAAAAGUACAUCAGUCAAUACGAAUGAUCAGUCCACUUGUUUCCUGAAAUGUCAUGGUCAAUAUUCUCCUCUCUCUCUCUCUCUCUCUCUCUCUGUGUACCCAUUGGCCUUCUCUCCCUCUUUCUCUUUAUCAGUCUCCCAACAUGGGCACUCUGAUGGGGGUCUACUUGCCAUGUCUGCAGAACAUUUUUGGUGUCAUUCUUUUCCUUCGGCUGACGUGGAUUGUCGGGAUGGCUGGCAUCAUGCAGUCUCUCCUGAUUGUCCUCAUGUGCUGCUCAUGUGUUAGUAUGCGCAAACACACACACACUCAAACACUGCACUGUACAAAGAGACACACUUUUACUUAACACUAUCAUCAAUCUAGAAACAUUUAAAAACAAUAUGAUUUUUUUUUAAGUAAGUAAAAUUUUCAUUUUAUUUUAUUUUUUAUUUAAUACUUUUACUUUUAAAAAAUACUUAAAGAAUUUUGUAAAACAUUUCAAGCAAUAACAAUCAAACUUCAAGUAAAACCAGGAAAGGCUCUUUGACGUAAGCAUGUUUUAAGAAACUACUUGAAAGGGAUCUGUAACUCUGCUAGCCCAAUCUUUUCAGGAAUGUUAUUCCAGAGUUUUGGACCCCUCACUGCAAACUUUUCCCUUAACUUUGAUUUCUGACCACACACACACAGCAGAUCUCUGCCCAAGGAUAUCCAUGUACAUGUUGGCUUGUUUGGUACUAAGGUCAGAUAUGGAGCUGGAAGAAAUGCCAUUUAGUCCUUUAAAAGUAGUCAGUAAAGUCUAAAAAUCAAUUCUAAAACAUACUCUUUGUCUGUCUGUUUCAUAACCAGCUAAAGUCUCCUCAUGGGGGCUUGAAAAAAGUCUAAUGUUACAAUUUUAAACCUUUAGGAAAGAAAAUGUGUUGAAAUGCAAAGAAAACUCAUGUAUUUGAUUUUAACAUGACUCCCACUCCUAACAAGACAAAUAAGCAAUCAUAGUUUAGGAUUUAGGGAGGCAUCAAGGGUGGUAAAUUAGAUAAGACACAAGGCCCACCGCACCGCUGGUGACCACUCUGGAUAUCCCCCAGGAUACAUGCCCCUUUGGAUGGAAGCUAGCAUGCUUUCUGCUGCUAAAAUUUUAGCUGAUAUAGUAGCUUUUCUAAAUAAAUGUAUCAUACCUCUUUUCUUUCCUUUGCAGACAAUGCUUACAGCCAUAUCAAUGAGUGCCAUUGCUACAAAUGGUGUUGUUCCAGGUAAUACUUGACUUUCAUUCCUUUCAGUUUCCUGAUAAAGACAUUUAUUAUUCAUAUCCUGCGUCAGCACUUACAUAUGUUAAAACCUCAAUUCCCCUGAUUUAGUCAUAAGUUGUUUUUCAAAUCUUUGGUCCUUUAGAGAGUUUUCACAAAAUAUUCCUCCACUUGGGGGCAGUAGAGAUCUACUGCUGUGUUUAUGAGAUAUAGCAGGACUUCAUAUGCUGAUGUGUGUAACACUUUGUUUUGCUGUUGCAGCUGGAGGGGCGUACUUCAUGAUCUCCCGUUCUCUUGGCCCUGAGUUUGGGGGAGCUGUAGGGCUAUGCUUCUACCUGGGCACCACCUUUGCUUCUGCCAUGUACAUCCUGGGGGCCAUUGAGAUCUUCUUGGUCAGUGCUGUUGCUGAAAUAUUACCCCUUGGUUUACUCUGGCUCACUGUUGCACGCUAGGAUUCCUUAAAACUCCUCUCUGCUGGAAUGCAUAAGUGUGUGGCAAUCAUCCUGUUGUUUUUGUUCCCCUCUCAGAAAUAUUUAGUCCCCCAGGCGGCCAUCUUUCAUGCCACAGACCAUCUUGGGAGUGACAGUGCCAUGCUGAACAACAUGCGAGUCUACGGCUCUAUCUGCCUCAGUUUGAUGGCAGUGGUGGUUUUUGUGGGAGUGAAAUAUGUCAAUAAGCUGGCCUCUCUUUUCCUGGCCUGUGUCAUUAUCUCAAUCGUCUCCAUCUAUGCUGGAGCAAUCAAAUCCAUGACUCAUCCGCCUGAAUUCCCGUAAGUCUGCAGAGGAGAUUUACCAAGAAAAUAAAGAGUUGUGUAAAUUAUUGUGAGUUCUGGUAUGUAUGGGAAAGUUAGUGUUUAUAUCACUUGGAAAAACACUUUUUUUUUUUUUGCUUUGUAAGACCUACAGUUCUAUCUAUGUUUAGAAAUCAGCUUGGAUCUCUCACUUUCAUCCUAGGAAAAUGUUUCUGCCCAAAUUUUUUAUUAUGAUGACAAAAAAGUUACUGAUGAUAACAGACUGAGGAUGUAAACAAGGUACACUUAUGUGGUAGCCUAAUAAUUUUAUCUCAUGUUCUUACUGUAGGAUCUGCAUGCUGGGAAACAGGACUUUGAUAAGAGAUCGAUUCGAUGUGUGUGCAAAGACUGUGACAAAAGGAAAUAUCACAGUACCCAGCCAGCUGUGGGAAAAGUUCUGUCUGCCUGGAAAUAUGAGCAGCGCUCAGUGUGACGACUACUUCAUGCAGAACAAUGUGACAGAGAUACAGGGCAUCCCUGGACUGAGCAGUGGGAUUAUCAGAGGUACAUUUGUCAUUAGUUCUUUUUGUUGAAUUUAAAAGGUUUAAAAGGUUAAAACUCUAAAUAUUUCAAGUAUCUUCAUCAAUUAGUGAACUUCUUUCAGGCCAAACUGUACCACACUAUUUUGAAAGUCUGAUCAAGUGUAUCUCUGCUCUGAUAGAAAUUUGUUGCUAAUGACUGAAAUGUCUCUCUUCUUUUGUCAGAGAAUAUGUGGGGUAGCUACAUGCAGAAAGGUGAUGUCUUAGAGAAGGCGUCACUUCAGUCGGUUGACGCUCGCGGUUCUGUGGAGAACUUUGGCAUGUAUGUUUCAGCAGACAUCGCCACAUCUUUCACACUACUGGUGGGGAUCUUCUUCCCAUCUGCCACAGGUAUUACUUUGUUGUUAAUGAGAAAAUGUGCGAUUACGGUACACAAAGUUCACUUUUAUCCAGAUUAGUUUAACUUCAGUCUUAAAUUGUUCAACAAAUGAUUUAAUCUUGCAAGUAUGCAAACAUCUUUACAAGCAUGGGGAUUCACUGGGUGGUCUUUCACAGAAAAACAUCAGUUGCUAGCACGUCUUUUGAUGUAAUAUGUAGACUGUAACAGCAGCUACUUGUAAUGUGUCACCUUUAACAGAAGUUCGCCAUUCUCAGUGCAACAAAAGAGGGAGCUUCAUACCUCUUUCUCUGCCAGUGACAAACCAAUUUAUGCCCUCAGGUUGUAAAUGCUGUCUUUAUCCUUUUAUAGGUAUCAUGGCGGGCUCCAACAGAUCAGGAGAUCUCCGUGAUGCUCAGAAGUCCAUCCCAGUGGGGACUAUCUUGGCUAUUACAACUACUUCCCUUGUCUGUAUCCUUUCUGUUGUAAAACCACAAACACUAACAGUCUUGCCACUCAUGCAGAAUAGAAAAUCAGAUGUACAUCAAUAAGUUGUUGAGGUCUUUGACCUGUUAUAUUCAGAUUUCAGCUCUGUGGUGCUGUUUGGGUCCUGUAUUGAAGGAGUAGUCCUCAGAGAUAAGUAAGUACAAUUUGCUUGAUUGAAAGUCAGUGUUUAUUUAGACAUAGCACCAGCAAAGUAAACUUAAAACAAAAAAGAUCAACUCAGCAUAUAUUUGCAGGUUUGGGGACGCAGUCAGAAAAAACCUAGUGGUGGGAACGCUUUCCUGGCCGUCACCGUGGGUCAUUGUCAUUGGCUCCUUCUUCUCUACAGUCGGGGCGGGCCUGCAGUCCCUAACAGGGGCUCCACGGCUCCUACAGGCCAUUGCCAAGGACAACAUUAUUCCUUUCCUCAGGGUGGGACAGUCCACUCAGUUCAUCACAUUGUUUAAUCACCAUACAGGCAUUUUACAAUGAUUCCCUGCCAAACAAAAUGACUCCUGCUGAAACACAGCACAUAACAUUCAGCAAGUAGAUAUGGAAAUGUUUGCAUUUGUUUCUCUGCUAAGCUUAUUUGAAUAUGGAACAGUACCAAGGCAAGAAGCAAUAAUUUGCAUAUCAGCAUGUAAAAGUUUUGAAUUUUUUUUUUUUUUAUUUGUCCCAGGUGUUUGGUCAUGGAAAGACAAAUGGUGAGCCAACAUGGGCUCUACUGUUGACUGGACUCAUAGCUGAGCUGGGCAUUCUGAUUGCCUCUCUUGAUAUGGUGGCUCCUAUCCUUUCUAUGUAAGGUCACACACAUGCACCUUGGUCAAAAGUGUGACACACCCCACACAUUAACAUCUCUUAGACAUAUUAUAAACACAAAUAUCUUAGUUUGGGUUCACCCCUGCCACUCAUAAUAUGGUUUGAUGCAUGUCAAAUGAGUGUGUUUUUAUUCAACAGGUUCUUCUUGAUGUGCUAUCUCUUUGUGAACUUAGCCUGUGCUGUUCAGACUCUUCUACGCACACCCAACUGGAGGCCGAGGUUUAAAUAUUACCACUGGUGAGUAGCAUACAGGAAUCUCCGCUGCAGUUGUUCCCAUCACAUGUGGCAGGUUUUGUUGCAUGCUUCAAUUUUAUCAAUUGGGCUGUCCCUGCUGUCUCAUGCAAUUUAAAGUACAUUAGUUAUAGGAUGUGAAACCCCAGUUCUGUUCACUGGAGAAACAAUGCAUGAUGAAUACUGUUGAGUAGAGUUUCUUUUUGGUGAAUGUAAACCUAACUUUAUAUUACAUCCUCUGCAGGGCUCUGUCCUUCCUUGGCAUGAGUAUGUGCCUGGCUUUAAUGUUCAUCUCCUCGUGGUACUACGCGAUUGUAGCUAUGGGGAUUGCUGGGAUGAUCUACAAGUACAUUGAGUACCAAGGGUAUGUCUUUACUCUCAACAAGAAAAAAAAGAGUUAUAUGCUCUUUUGUCUGACUGCAAAACUAAAAUCCAUUCCUGUGGUGAGAGUAGCUGUGUUACUGUGUUUCCGUCUGAUCUUCACAUGUCCAUUGUGGAUUCCUUGGGAAAUCUGUUUUCUUUAAGUGCCUGCCUUUGUUUUGUUUAUCUUGUCUCCUCUGCUCGUAAACAACAACAGGGCUGAGAAGGAGUGGGGAGACGGCAUACGAGGAUUGUCCCUCAGUGCUGCACGAUAUGCCCUGUUGAGACUAGAGAUUGGACCACCCCACACCAAAAACUGGAGGUACAGUCAAAACUUUAGGUUAUGCCUUGAAUUUCUCAAAAAAAUGUUUAUAUUGCAUCUUUGCAGAACGUUUGACAGAUCUUAGGGCCACAUUAUGUAAGAUUAUUUUUUCAAAAAAUUAUAAACCUUGAAAAGAACAACAAAUUGAAUUUGGCCCUAAUACUCUGGCUUAAGAACCCCAUUGCACCUUGGGCUACAAAAGUUGUUUUCACAUCCCUGUUCAGGCAAGAAUGUAGAGUUGCAUUUCAAACCCCACAGCCUUACUUCUGACCAUUUACACAUUUUCAAAAUUAUAGACCAGACCAAGUAUCAAGGAAAUUGCAGAAAUAUUGUUUGGCAAGAUUCUUAAGAAAUGGCCCUCCAGACUGAUAAUUCUGCAACACAUUUACCACAUGUGAUUCAUUCAAAACAUCAGCUCUUCCUUGUAUUGAGACAGGAUGCUAUUGUGUCACUUUUAAGAACCUGAUGCAUGUAAAACACUUUUAGAAAGCUGCAACCUCAGGUGAGAUAUUACAAUAUUGUUGGAAUCAUUCUUGGUUUGCAUUUACCGCUAGUUUGUGGGUCACUUUUCACUGGAAUAUCCUGUUUAAACCAUCCAUAUGCUGAGCUUAUCCUUCUUGUUCCUCUUUUAUAAGGAUUUGAACUGAAACAAUGUGUGAAUAAAAUCUAAACAAGACAGUUCACAAAAGCAGGCAACAUCAUCCUUUGAAUGUAGCUGUUCACACUUCUUCGUUCAUUAGUUAUUUCUCUUCGUACCUGACUUCAGUGACAGUUUUAAGAGGGGAUAAAUGGGUGCACUUUUUUCCCUACCUUGGUCUUAUGUACAAACUUUCUUUACACUUCAGACCUCAGCUGUUGGUGCUGUUGAAACUGGAUGAGGACCUCCAUGUGAAAUACCCUCGCAUGCUCACCUUUGCUUCUCAGCUGAAGGCGGGGAAGGGUCUUACCAUUGUGGGCUCUGUCCUCCAGGGUAACUUCCUGGACGGCUAUGGUGAAAUGCAGGCGGCCGAACAGGUAAAUUCUAGACAGGGAUGUAUGCUGUACAUGCUGUGCUCUCUAUACUAUUCUCUUUUGUGAUUGUGUGCUGACUGCGCCACUACUUAUUGUUACAAGCACCUUUUGUUAUCUGAGGAGCUAAGUGAAUAGAAAAAAGCCCACCAAUAAUUGUUUCAAACAUGUGUCAUUGUUACAAACAGCUUUUGUUGUCUGAGAGUCACAAUAAAAAAGUGUUUCAGUUAUACUCAUUAUUUUACAGUUCAAAUCUGUACGAUAUUGAUAAGGCUUUAUUGUGCUUAUAUAUCUUAACUUUCGGGAAAUCGUCCUCAUGUUAAACGUUUCAUUGCUGUUAAAAAAUCCAUUAUUUGCUUUCUUAAUGACUUUGGAUUGAAGUGAAGAUUUCCUACUUUGUCUUUCAGGCUAUUAAAAAUAUGAUGGAAAUCGAGCGAGUGAAAGGUUUCUGCCAGGUAGUUGUGGCUACAAAAGUGCGAGAAGGCGUUGUCCACCUGAUCCAGUCCUGCGGCCUGGGUGGCAUGAAGCACAACACUGUGGUGAUGGGCUGGCCAUAUGGCUGGAGACAGAGUGAGGACCCUCGGGCCUGGAAGACAUUUAUCAGUAAGUGUCUCGCUGAUGUCUAAAACAGCUUUUGCUGCAUGGUACCACCGCAGAACAGCAGCUGUGGACUCCUAAGGCAAAUUGGAAUAAAGAUUUGGACUUGUAUUUAAACUGACCAACCCAGACAGCUCGUUGUUGUUGUCUAAACUGUAUAUGUAAUAUCAAAGCCCCCUUUUUGCUCAUCUCAUCUCAGACACAGUGCGCUGCACCACAGCUGCCCAGCUUGCCCUGAUGGUGCCCAAAAAUGUCUCCUUCUACCCGAGCAACCAUGAGCGCUUUACAGACGGCAACAUUGAUGUAUGGUGGAUCGUCCAUGAUGGGGGAAUGCUAAUGCUGCUGCCUUUCCUGCUUAAACAGCAUAAGGUGAGCAAACAUAUCUUGAAGUUUUAUUCUAAUUAGCUAAUUUUAACGAUGGAUAAUGAGGUUUAGCCAUUUCCACAAAAAGUAAAAAUCUUUGGAGGUUGUUCCAAAAGUUAUGAAAAAGGAUUUAAAAGCUCUGAUAAUUGCCGCAUUUAAAGUGUAAUUUAAAAACAAACAAACAAAAAUUUCUUGUGACAAAAAAAAAUCCUCUGCAAUUAUUCCCAACUUUUGUGCCCUAGAAAUACUCCUUUAUACUUCUGAUUAAUUCAUCCAGGGCUUUUCUCUGGAGUUAUUGUGCAACUUCUUAAGUAAUUCGUUCAUAUAUAUUCAUUAGUGCACUUAAUAUCACACUUGUAGUGAACCAGAUCAUUUGUUUACAUUAAAGGUUUGGAGGAAAUGCAAGAUGCGCAUCUUCACUGUAGCACAAAUGGACGACAACAGCAUCCAGAUGAAGAAAGAUCUGGCCACAUUCCUCUACCAGCUGAGGAUAGAGGCCGAGGUGGAGGUGGUGGAGAUGGUAAGAAAAGUUAAAAGUUAAAAACAACAUCAAUAGCAGGGUUUUUCUUGCUACAGGUAGGGGCUAUUAUAAAUGGCAAGAUGGCAUUUACUGUUCACAGAAUCAAAUAAGUACUGAGUGCACUAUGUCAGUCAACAACACUUUCUUUGAACAUUAAAAAGUUGUCUUAAAUGAUUUGAUUUUAUGUUAAAUUAAAAAAGUCAUUGAGUUUAAAUCAAAUUUUGUUUCUCUACUGGUUCUUUAGCAUGACAGUGACAUCUCUGCAUACACCUAUGAGCGGACAUUAAUGAUGGAGCAAAGGUCCCAGAUGUUGAGGCAAAUGAGGCUCUCCACUGCAGAAAGACAAAGAGAAGUAUGUUUGCUUUUGUAUCACCUUUCACUUCCUUUCUAUCAUUUUCUCUGUCUGCUCUGUGUAAUGUAACCCUCAACUCUAUUAAAAUAAAAUAAAAUAAAAAAUAACAAUAUGCUGAAAGUUAAGUCCCUGAACUUCUCCCUGGCUCUUGCAGGCCCAGCUGGUAAAGGACAGACAUUCUUUGGUGCGCAUGGGAAGUCUUUACUCAGAUGAGGAGGAGGAUUUGAUGGAGGUUCCUCCUGAGAAGAUACAGAUGACAUGGACGAGAGAAAAGUGUGAGGCAGAGCGGAGAAGAAACACCCCUGAGAACUUCAGGGAACUCAUGAGCCUCAAACCGUGAGUAGAGGUCAACCUUUAACCUCCCCUGUUUUACAUUCUUAAUCAGCACCAAUCUAUUUUACACAUUUAUGUCUCUGUGUGUCUUUUUGCUCAUUAGGGAUCAGUCCAAUGUGCGGCGGAUGCACACAGCUGUUAAGUUAAAUGAGGUGAUAGUCAACAGGUCCCAUGACGCUCGCUUAGUGCUGCUCAACAUGCCUGGACCACCUCGAAACACAGAGGGAGAUGAAAACUGUAUCCUUUGCAAAUAAAAUGAUUGUUCAACAGAGGUUUUGUGUAAUUUCAAGGAGAUACUUCUCAAAUGGACUGUGAAUAAAAUAAGAUGAGAUAUUCAUUUAUUAGUCCCACAGGAGGGGAGGGAGUCCCAAUCCUGUUGUUGGUUGGCUUUAACUCUUUAACCUGUUUCUCAGACAUGGAAUUUCUGGAGGUGUUGACAGAGGGCCUGGAAAGAGUGCUGCUGGUGCGAGGUGGAGGUCGGGAAGUUAUCACCAUCUACUCAUGACCGGUUAUUAGCUGCUACAGGAGAGCAUCAACCUCAAUGCAACUCAUUCCAGCCCUGAACAGGAGACAGCUCUUCCAGAAAGUUCUGGAUAGAGGCACCAAUUCUAACUUUCAUAGUGAAGUAUGGACUUUCGACUACAUAAGAUGCAUUAUUCUAUUUUUGUAGAAUACGGAGGCACAUUCUUGUACAUAUCCACCUAUCAGUUCAUGGCUCGGCUAUUCUUCGCACGUACGUUUUUACAUCUAUAGGACAAAACAUUGCUAAAGUGUCAACAACCUCUGGAUAAGAGUUUCUUAUUUAUAGCUGACUGAUUUUUAUAGGUGCCAUUUUUUGUUUGUUUUUCAGUAGCUCUUUGAUUAUUUUGGAAGCUUCUUUUUAUUUAUUUAUUUAUUUUUCCAGCAAUUUCCCCACUGAAACACAACAAUGUUACUGGGGAUAAUGUAUGACGCUGGCUGUGCUCUGCAGAAAGCACAGACUCAAGUUUGUAAAUGUGGUUGCCAGAUAUCAUAAAGGAAGUUUUAAAAGACAUAAUUUAUGAUAAGUUUUGGAAAGAUAUUUGUUUAACUGAGAGGGUGUGAAUAGCUGAUGAAAGACGAUUAUUUUUUGUAUUUUUAUUUUAUUUUAUUUGCUCAUCUGCACACAAAAGGGUCAAAAUUUAGAGAUUUUUCAGAUUUUUAUGAAAUCCAACCUCAUUUCUGAUACUAAACGGUUGGAUUUGUUUUCUUCCUGCAAGAGCAGUUAACUGUAUUUACAUUGUGUAAAUACUUGUAUAAUACAGCAGCUUUACUGUCAGUGUCCACUAUUUCCACUCUGAAAAUAAAUUCUUAUUAUUUACCAUAACUAUAAACUUUGUUAUAGUUAUGGUGGUUAUAAUGAAAACAAGCCUGUUGCUAACGUGUUGUAUUCGACCACAUAACAAAGUUGCUGUUACCCCGGUUACCAUGGAGGUCUCAGAAUCAUGUCUAAGGAUUACAACAUUUGAACAACUGUAAUGCCACCAGCGUUGGCGUUUUGUUUAUUUUCAGGCUUUUUCUAAUAAGUGUUUCAGUAUUUUAGGCCAGCAUACAGUGUAGAGAGCAGCUGUCUAUGUUUUGUGAUGCAUAAAUCAGAUAUUUAAUACCUAUCACUCUGCUCUCAGUGCUCUUCAUCAGGGCCUAUAUAUUUUCCAUUCAUUAAAAAUCUGUUACACAUCCCAUUCUUUUAAUGCAAACUUCAUGUUAGCAGUAUUUUAGUAAAGCUUUGAGUUCAUUUUUGCAGAGCUAUUAGGCUAUUGUGUGAAAAACUACUUCAUGUGGAAAAUAUGUGCAAGGCGAAGACAAAAUAAAGAGAUUAAAGUAAGCUUACCAAAGCUAAUGUGCCAACACUGAAAUGAGAAAAGGGAGUGUUUUUGGACAAAGAAAAUGAAGAUUAUGUUUUGUAAAAUUCUAUUAUGUCUCAUUUUGCUGUAAGAUUAAAUAAAAGAACAAGUUUUUCAAUC